ACUUUAGAUCACGUCACGACGUUCUCGAACUGAGAAUACGAUAAAUAUACUUGUCAAAUCGGUCUAAAAUGGCUGGAAUUAAAGAUUAGUACUUUUGGCAUUUGGUGGAUCUAUUGGUAUGACAUUUGUCAUACUUGGCUGUGCUUUACCUACAUAUAAAGUAUGGUGGCCAUUUUUUGUUGUGUUAUUCUAUAUAUUAGCACCAGUCCCAACUAUAAUUGCACGUCGUUAUACAACAAAUGAUUUUGAAAAUAAUCCUAAUCCAUGUUUGGAAUUGGCAAUAUUUAUUACUAUGGGCUUUGUGGUAUCAUCUUUUGCUCUUCCUAUUGUCUUAGCUCGGUCUCCAGUCAAUGAUCCAGUGAUACAAUGGGGUGCUUGUUAUUUGACUUUAGCAGGUAAUAUUAUUAUAUAUCUAACUCUAGUCGGAUUUUUUGUAACCUUUGAUCAAGACGAACUCGAAUAUAACACAUGUUGAAAUACUGUACUUCAUUGUACUUAUUUAUUAAUACUACAUGGUUUUUGCAAAAUAAAAAGAAUGUAAAUCAUAUACUGCACUGACUGACAGUUAUGUGCUGAUUCUAAGUCAUCGCAAAAUUUAUAGUAUAUUAUUUACACGAUAUAUAUAUUAUCACAAGUCAUUUAUAGUAGAUACUAAUACUAUAACAAAUAGUAUUACAAUAACUAAUAUUAAAGUCAAUAAUGAUUUAUUUUGCUAUUUUUAUGCAGUAACUAAAAUUUCAAAUUGUAAAAGAUUAAAAUUUUUAUAAACUUUUUUGGAUAAAAUUAGAAGUAUGACUAUGCUGA